UACUUCUCUUCCUAUCCAUUCUGGUCUCCCGUCUCUGCUGGCCUGCCUGCCUGCCUGCCUCACCAACUAAGCUGUUCGGUUGAACCCUGCCAGACUACUCCAAACCUCCACAAUGUCCCGGAGCAGCAUGAGGAGCAGCACCUACACUGUGAGGUCAUCUGCUGCCCCACGGAACUUUAGCAGCUUUUCUUACAGCACCCCUGGGGUCACCCGCAGGAGUGUCUCCACCGUCCAGAGCAGCAGGGGCUUUGGAGGACCUGUCUCCAGCUCAAUGGUCUAUGGCCUGGGCUCAUCCAUGAGUGGAGGAGGCAUGGGUGGUGGCAUGGGUAGUGGCAUGGGCAUGAGCAUGGGAAUGGGCAUAGGCAUGGGUCAGGCCCCGAUCACUGCCGUGACUGUGAACAAGAGCCUCUUGGCCCCCCUGAACCUUGAGAUUGACCCCACCAUCCAGGCUGUCCGCACCCAGGAGAAGGAACAGAUCAAGAGCCUCAACAACCGUUUUGCUUCCUUCAUUGAUAAGGUGCGUUUCCUGGAGCAGCAGAACAAAAUGCUGGAGACCAAAUGGAACCUGCUGCAGGGACAGACCACCACCCGUUCCAACAUCGACGCCAUGUUCGAGGCCUACAUUGCCAACCUGCGCAGACAGCUGGACAGCCUGGGCAACGACAAGAUGAAGCUGGAGGCCGACCUUCACAACAUGCAGGGCCUGGUGGAGGAUUUUAAGAACAAGUAUGAAGAUGAGAUCAACAAGCGCACAGAGUGUGAAAAUGACUUUGUCCUCAUCAAAAAGGAUGUCGAUGAGGCCUACAUGAAUAAGGUUGAGCUCGAGGCCAAGCUGGAGAGUCUGACAGACGAGAUCAACUUCCUCAGGUCAAUCUACGAGGAGGAACUGCGUGAGCUCCAGAGCCAGAUCAAGGACACUUCGGUCAUCGUGGAAAUGGACAACAGCCGUAACCUGGACAUGGAUGCCAUUGUGGCAGAAGUCAGGUCACAGUAUGAAGACAUUGCAAACCGUACACGUGCCGAGGCCGAGACAUGGUACAAGACCAAGUAUGAGGAGAUGCAGACAUCUGCCAGCAGAUAUGGAGAUGACUUGAGGACAACCAGAACAGAGAUCGCAGACCUCAACCGUAUGAUCCAGAGACUUACAUCAGAGAUUGAUGCCGUCAAGGGACAGCGUGCAAACCUGGAGGCCCAGAUUGCUGAGGCUGAGGAGCGUGGUGAGAUGGCAGUGAAGGACGCCAAGGCCCGCAUCAAGGAUUUGGAGGAUGCCCUGCAGAGAGCCAAGCAGGACAUGGCCCGCCAGAUCAGAGAGUACCAGGACCUGAUGAACGUCAAACUGGCUCUGGACAUCGAGAUCGCCACCUACAGAAAACUGCUGGAGGGAGAGGAGGACAGGCUGGCAAACGGCAUCAAGGCUAUCAACAUCUCCCAACAGAGCACGAGCUUUGGCAGUUACCCCAUGGAGUCAGUGAAGAGCAGCUACUCCAGUGGCUACUCCAGCGGCUUCUCCAGCGGUGGUUACAGCGGCAGCUACGGUGGUGGCUACGGCAGCGGAUUCAGCGGCACCAGCGGCACCAGCGGCUACGGCACCACCACCACCCAGACCAAGAAGAACGUCGUUAUCAAGAUGAUUGAGACCAAGGAUGGCAGAGUGGUGUCUGAAUCCUCUGAGGUCAUUGAGGAUUGAGCUUUGUCUGUUUUGCUAUGAUCUCGUCUGCGUCUCUGUAGUUUUGUACUUACAGUUCACAACACCCCCCCCUCCCUAAAUAUUGUGAUGCCAUCCACUUUCAAUAGAGCUUAAACAUGUUCAUGAAGCAAUAAAUGAUCCUUACACUACCAAAGAUCUGAAAGGGACCAAAGAAGUUUUUUUGUAUGUUUGAUGUCUGACUGUGUACUAAAAGAGCAGAUUAAAGUUUUGUCUCAGAAAGUGAGAUUCAAACUGGGCAAAUUGCAAAUAUUAAAUAAAACACAUGGAACAGUUCCUCCAUAUCUAUGCAACAGUGGUUUUAUACAUGAAGGCGGUUCUCCUUAAAACUGAAGGUUUUGCAUUAAAAGGACAGUGGUGUAGUCAAAGGAAUGUGAAUGUACUGAACCAGUGCUUCAGUGUUUUUGGUCAUCUGAGGUCUUCAAACACCUGUUACAGGUAGGUAGUGCAUGUCUUCCCUGUGUGUGUUCUGCAACUGAAACUGUCGACCCCUUAGGAGGCGGCGUACAUCAUACGCUGGUCCUGAGGUGCUGUUUUUGCUACCAAAACUCAAAUAAAAAUGUGUUAACUGAAAAAAUGA